CCCAGGGCCUGUGCCCUGGCCGGGGAGAUGAGGCGCGGCCUGACUCCUGAAAAGGAGGAACCGACAGAUUCUGAACGCAGAGAGGACAAUUCCAUGGAAGAUCCUAAAGAAGUCGUCACCCUGGCUUUUGUGAGAGAGAACGCUGGGGCGAAAAGGGGGCCUCGGAGCGCACAGCAGCAAGGCAGGAAGAAGAAGAAAAAGAAGAAGAAAAAGAGAUGAUUGGUGAUCAAUCUAUCCAGCUGCCGGUAUGAGAGCGUGCGCAGGGCUGCGCGGGAGUACGGCCUCCGGGAAGGGGGUGCAAACGAGGACUGGACCCUCUACUGGACGGACUACGCUGUGCCGCUGGAGAGGGUGAUGGAAAUGAAGAGCUACCAGAAAAUUAACCACUUUCCUGGGAUGAGCGAAAUCUGCCGCAAGGACUUGCUGGCCAGGAAUAUGAGCCGCAUGCUGAAGAUGUUCCCUAAAGAUUUCCACUUUUUCCCCAAGACCUGGUGCCUCCCUGCUGACUGGGGAGACCUGCAGGCCUACAGCAGGCUGAGGAAGAAUAAGACGUUCAUCUGUAAGCCGGACUCGGGCUGCCAAGGGCGCGGGAUCUUCGUCACGCGGACGGUGAAAGACAUCAAGCCGGGGGAGGAUAUGAUCUGCCAGCUCUAUAUUUCCAAGCCCUUUAUCAUCGACGGGUUCAAGUUUGACCUGCGCAUCUACGUGCUGAUAACAUCCUGUGACCCUCUCAGGGUUUUUGUGUACAACGAAGGGCUGGCUCGCUUCGCCACCAGCUGCUACUCUCACCCCUGCGCAGAGAACCUGGAUGACAUCUGCAUGCAUCUGACCAACUAUUCCAUCAACAAGCACAGUUCCAACUUUAUUCAAGACGCGCACUCGGGCAGCAAGAGGAAGCUCUCCACCUUCAACGAGUACAUGGAGAGCCGCGGCCACGACCUGAAGCAGAUCUGGGAGGACAUCGAGGACAUGAUCAUCAAGACCAUCAUCUCCGCCCACCCCAUCAUCAAGCACAACUACCACACCUGCUUCCCCAACCACACACUCAACAGCGCCUGCUUUGAAAUCCUGGGCUUCGACGUCCUCUUGGACCACAAACUCAAGCCCUGGCUGCUGGAGGUCAACCACUCUCCGAGCUUCUCCACCGACUCGAGGCUGGACAGAGACGUGAAGGACAGUCUGCUGUACGACACCCUGGUCCUGAUCAACCUGGGAAGCUGCGACAAAAAGAGAGUGCUGGAGGAGGAGAGGCUGCGGGGCCGCUUCCUGCAGCAGUGCCGCUCGCGGGAGAGCAGGAUGGAGGAGGCCCAAGGCUUCCAGGCUAUGUGGUUAGCAAAAACCGAGAAAUACGAGAAGGAAAACCACGGCGGGUUCCGGCUGAUUUACCCCAGUCUGAAUUCCGAGAAGUACGAGAAGUUUUUCCAGGACAACAGCUCGCUCUUCCAGAACACGGCCGCUUCCAGGGCCCGGGAGGUGUACGCCCGGCAGCUGAUCCAGGAGCUGAGACUUAAACAGGAGAGCAAAUCCCUUCAAAGGAAAGAGAAGGCCGAGAGGCAGGGGGAGUCGGCGGGUGAGCGAGUCAGAGGCAAGAGCACCAGGAUGUGGCGGCAGACACAGCCCCAGAAGUACAAGGUCACCACCUGUGCCUCCAAACAACCCUUCCAGCCAUUGUCACUAGUGUCCUGCAUCCCAGACUUGCUCUUGAGUGUCAGAGAUUUAAAGAAAAGCGAGCCAGACGGCAGCUCCCACCCGAAGGCUUCCAGGAGGAAAGCUGGCCCUGCACCUACACGGCACUACAGCUCCAUACCUGACCUGAGGAAUUCAAGUCUCAGCUGCUCGGGGCUGCAGCUCCAUAAACCCAGCUCCAGAACCAAGAAGGCCAAGUCUACCUCUGCUGUGUGCAUUUUCCCUGGCGCUGGACCUUUAGCCUCUGUAGAAUCCUCCCCAGAAUCCACCACCCCAGUCUCGGCCUCCUCAGAGUCUCCGCCAAACCCGACCCCGAGCGCCAGCUCUGAGUGCAGCAGCCCAGAGAUGGUCAGGCUGGUCUCCUUUCAAGAAUGCAAGCAGCAGAGGAUCCCCCGGCCGCCCACCCGGGAGAAGAUAACAAAACCUGCUCCGAUGACAAAGUGCCACAGCUUCUUGGAGAGCCUGAGCCCAAGCUGGACGUGGCCGAAGAAUGACAGGGAGAGAUGGUGCCUGAUGUCAGAGCUGUUCCCCAGGGGCCGUCAGCCGAGGAGGAAGCGCUCCUUGUGCCUGUCUCACUACAACCCCAAGAUGAUGCUGGGUGCCCGGUCACAACACCCCUCCCUGCCUAGGGAGUGCCGCUCCCGCGGCCGCGGCUCUGGCGAGAAGAGGCAGCCACAGCAGCCAGACGUGGACGCCCUCCUCCUCCUGCAGAGCCCUCACCACCACGGGGCGUCACCAAAAGACCUUCUGGUGGUUGCCACUCCAGCUCGACUGGACCCAAGGCCUGGCGGAAGCCGUACGGGUGCUGCGAGGGACCCGUGCACGCCGGAUCGGGAAGCAUACGGUCACUGCCUGAUCUCUGGCCCACAAGGAUGCGGCAGGAACUAG